AUGGACUCGGAAACGCAAACCAAAGCGCAGGGCCUCGUGGACUUCAUCACCUAUUCGCCCACACCAUACCAUGCCGUGGCCAAUGUGAAGCAGAAACUUACUCUGGAUGGAUUCGUGGUAUUGAAAGAGAAAGACCAAUGGGACUUGCAACCAGGACAGAAGUAUGUCGUCACCAGGAAUGCCUCUUCUUUGAUUGCCUUUAAAAUCGGGCAAAGUUUCAGGAAAGGCGGGCCUGUGGCAAUUGUAGGGGCUCACACAGAUUCCCCUUGUUUGCGCAUCAAGCCGAUCUCUAAGAAAUCUGGCGAAGGCUUCAUUCAAAUUGGCGUGGAACAGUACGGUGGUCUCAUAGCACAUUCGUGGUUUGAUAGGGAUCUCAGUGUUGCCGGACGCGUUUACGUGAGGGAGAAAUCAGGGAAGUACGUGCCCCGCUUGGUGCAUUUGAGAAAGCCAUUGAUGAGAAUUCCCACGUUGGCUAUCCAUCUUGACAGGGAGGUGAACAAGAAGUUCGAGUUCAACAAAGAAACGGAGUUGUUGCCAAUUGCUGGUCAAGAAAAAUUCGGCCAUAGCUGUGCCGAUGAUCCUAAUCUCCAGCUCUCGACCUCUGAGUUCGAGGCGGUCAAGCAUGUCGUAGAGCGUCAUAAUGAAUCGCUCCUCAUACUUAUUGCCAAAGAUUUGGGUGUUGAAGUGUCCCAAAUCGAAGAUUUCGAACUUCUUCUCUGUGACUACCAGGAUGCCACCUUGGGUGGCAUGCAUGACGAGUUUAUCUUCGCUCCACGUCAAGACAACUUGACUUCAUGCUUCGCCUCAAUGGAAGCCUUACUAGCCUCUGAGCCAGCUGAAGAGGGUGCUCUGAUGAUCUCUCUCUUUGACCACGAGGAAAUCGGCUCUGUGUCUGCGCAGGGUGCUGACUCAUCUUUCUUGCCAGACGUGCUUGCACGUCUUGCCGACUCCGAUAAUGGAGCCAUGGCUCGCAUGUGUAGCCGCUCUUUCUUGCUCUCGUCCGACCAGGCACAUGGCGUGCACCCCAAUUAUGAGAGAGUAUACGAAAAGGCCAAUCGGCCGCACGUGAAUGGAGGUCCCGUGAUCAAGAUCAAUGCCAACCAGAGAUACGCCACGAACUCUCGCGGUAUUGUGCUUAUCAAGGCUGUUGCCCAGCGUGCAAAGGUGCCAUUACAGCUUUUCGUGGUGAGAAACGACUCACCAUGUGGCUCCACCAUCGGGCCCAUGCUCUCGGCGAAAUUGGGAUUGAGAACCUUGGACUUAGGCAAUCCUCAACUCUCCAUGCACUCCAUCAGAGAAACCGGAGGAGCAUAUGAUGUGGUGAGAUUGACCAAACUAUUUGGCGGAUUCUUUGCCGAGUACGUCGAUGUCGAUGCUGCAGUGGAGUGUGACUGA